AUGCAGCUUCUUCGCCUGUGGGCGGCAUCGAUGCUCUACACGCCGCUUUGUCUCGCUUGCUCCCGAGCCGUCUAUACUGCUAAUGAGCCUGAUGGGAUCCGCGUCGUCUCUGGACGCACUCUUGACUGGUUUACCGCACACAAGUCAUUUCUUUAUGCAUUCCCAGCAGGAAUGGACCGUGACGGUGCCGCUGGAAAGGGUUCUCUGAAGUGGACCAGUAAAUAUGGCAGCAUUUGUCAUUCCAUGGAAGGAACCGCUAUCACCGAUGGCCUCAACACCGCCGGCUUAACUGGCAACAUUCUCUACCUCAAAGACACCAACUUCGGCCGAUACAACGCUUCUAAGCCGCAGGUAUCCGUUGCAGUCUGGCUACAGUAUUUCCUCGACAUGUACCCAUCCAUUGCUGAGAUCGCGGAGGACCUAUUCGACGACGCAGGCGAAGCCAAAUACCAAGUCGCGACGGCCUUUCCGGCCCAUAUCUUCCCAGUGCCCCCACUAGUUCACAUCUCGUUGGCCGACCCCACAGGAAAUAAUAUGAUUCUAGAAUGGAUCGAUGGCAAGCUAACCGUUCAUUCAUCUCCGAAAUAUCAGGUCAUGACGAAUGAGCCUUCGUACGACCAGCAACUCGCCCUUGACUCCUAUUGGCUAGGCAUGCAGAAUAUCACCCUACCCGGUACGGAUCGUCCUGCUGAUCGAUUUGCACGCCUUGCACAUUAUGCGCGCGUGGCAGCCCCAGUUAGAGGCCCCGUUCGGGCUCUUGCAACACUUCAAGGCAUGAUCAGGGCCGUCAGUGUGCCAUUGAGGUACUGCUCCAUGCAUCUUCCUACCGGAGGACCGAAUGUAGCCCCGACAUUUUGGAGAACAUACGCAGACCUAAAGGAUAUUCGUUACUACUUCGAGAGUGCCACCGAGAACGAGUUUGUCUGGGUGUCUUUGAAGAAUCUCGAUCUGCGCCCAGGCACUGGUGUCCGCAGAGUAGUGGUAGAUGUGGAAGGAGGGAGCAUUGAAGGGAGGCAUGGAGACAUAACUCAUGAAUUAGUCCCCGAUGCUGGCUUCAUUCCUCUGCCAUUGACAGAUGAGGAUCUGGCAAGACAACUUGAGGAUGAUACUGCAGAGUUUGGUCAGAAGAAGCCACUAGACCAGUUGAAGGAAGUGCGUUCAGAGCUCUAG